AUGAAGCAGCGCUUCUCUAGUCUGGACGUAAAGUGUAUCGCCCACGAGCUUUCCAACAGCCUCACCACCCUCCGCCUCGCGAAUGUCUACGACCUUUCGACGCGUAUAUUUCUGCUCAAGUUCCAGAAGCCAGAGCAUCGCGAACAACUCCUAGUCGACUCCGGCUUUCGCUGUCAUCUCACCAAGUUUGCACGAGCCACAGCGGCAGCGCCGUCGCCAUUCGUCGCUCGAUUACGAAAGUUCCUCAAAACCAGGAGAUGCACUGCUGUCAAGCAAAUCGGCACUGAUCGAGUCAUUGAGCUCCAGUUCUCAGACGGCGCAUACCGUCUUUUCCUCGAGUUCUAUGCCGGUGGCAAUAUUGUGCUCACCGACAAUGAGCUCACAAUUCUUGCUCUCCUACGCAGUGUCAGUGAGGGUGCGGAGCACGAGCAGUAUCGACAAGGGUUGAAGUACAAUUUGUCACUGCGGCAGAACCAUGAAGGAGUCCCGUCACUCACGAAAGAAUGGCUGAAGGAAAGCUUGCAGAAGACUGUAGAGAAGCAGCAGGCUGAGGCGCAGAAGCCUGGUAAAAAGAUCAAGAAGAAGGCGGGAGAUCCGCUGAGGAAAGCAUUGGCUGUGACCACGACGCAGUUCCCGCCUGUCCUGCUUGAUCACGCUCUGCAUGUCUCUGGAGUAGAUCGAGAGCUUCAGCCAGAGAGGGUGCUGGAACACGAUGAACUGCUGGAAAAGGUGUUGCAGGCUCUCAAGCAAGCGGAGAGUGUGGUGGCAGAAAUCACUAGUCAGCCUGUGGCGAAGGGCUACAUACUGGGUAAGAGGAAACAAAGUAGCAAGCAAGAAGACACAGAUGGGACGGCGGACGAGGGCAAGGAUGUCAUGUACGAGCACUUUCAUCCUUUCAAGCCUGCUCAGCUGGCCGAAGACCAAUCCUUCGUGUUCCUUGAGUAUGAUGGCUUCAACGUGGCAGUCGAUGAGUUCUUCUCCUCGAUCGAAGGACAGAAGCUGGAAUCGCGACUUCAGGAGCGUGAGGACAACGCCAAGAAGCGUAUCGAGCAUGCACGCAAAGAGCAGGAGCAGCGCAUCGAGGGCUUGCAGCAAGUCCAAGAACUUCACGUUCGCAAGGCUCAAGCAAUAGAGGCAAAUGUCGAGCGAGUUGAGGAGGCGACUGCUGCUGUCAAUGGCCUCAUUGCGCAAGGCAUGGACUGGGCCGAUAUUGGCAGCCUGAUCGAGAAUGAACAGGCUCGGCAUAACCCUGUGGCUGAGCUGAUCAAGCUACCCCUCAAGUUGCAUGAGAAUACAAUCACGCUGCUGUUGUCCGAGAUUGGUCGGGAUGCAGAUGAGGAAAUGGACGUCACGGAUAGUGAGCCUUCAGACAGCGAAGAUGGAGAUGCAGAAACGGCACCUGCUCGCGCCGAGGACAAGCGUCUCACCGUUGACAUUGAUCUGGCCGCCUCUGCUUGGAGCAAUGCUCGCCAGUACUACGACCAGAAGAGAACAGCUGCAUCGAAGCAGGAGAGGACGGAGGCCGCCUCCAAAAAAGCGCUGAAGUCCACCGAGCAGAACGUAAUGGCGAAACUGAAGAAAGAUCUGAAGCAAGAGAAAGACGUCUUGAGACCUGUGCGCAAGCAAUUCUGGUUCGAGAAGUUUAUCUACUUCAUAUCCUCUGACGGCUAUCUGGUUCUAGCUGGCAGGGAUGAUCUGCAGAACGAAAUGCUCUACAGACGGCACCUAAGGAAGGGCGACGUCUACGUGCAUGCAGACCUUAACGGUGCCUCGAGCGUCGUUAUCAAGAACAGCCCGCACACUCCAUGUGCUCCCAUUCCACCUUCAACUCUAGCGCAAGCUGGCGAUCUUGUGGUGUGCAGGAGUAGUGCAUGGGACAGUAAAGCAGUCAUGUCAGCUUGGUGGGUGAAUGCGGAGCAGGUGUCAAAGACUGCAGAUACCGGCGAGUAUCUUGCAGUCGGCAGUUUCAUCAUUCGUGGGAAGAAGAACUUCUUGCCACCAGCCCGGCUACUUCUUGGCUUUGGUGUCAUGUUUCAAAUCAGCGAAGAAAGCAAAGCUCGGCAUGUUAAACACCGCUUGCUUCGACAGGACAGCUACCAAGCGACGCCGGAUCUCACAGAUGCUGAGACGAUCGCGGAGUCAUCGGCUGCAGGCGAGCCUUCUGACGAUGGCAGUGACGAUGACUUCCCAGACGCGCCACCUGCGCCGCGUAUCGAAGAUGAGGAUGACGGGUUCCCAGAUCGGACAUACGGCACGCCGGACUAUAAUGAUGAUGAGGAAGAACACUCGCGCAGUCAACGAAAUCCUUUACAAUCAAGCGCUUUUGACGCUCAUGACAACGACGACCAUGAAGAUGAAGACGGUGACGACGAAAAGGAUGAGGAAACUGGGUCUGUCGAAGGCAGCACGAAUGGCGCGGAGCUUGGUCGAGAAGACACGGAGAGCACGGUCACUCCCGCAGACCAAGAGGAACAACCAGAAACAUCCGCGCCGCUCUCGAACAAGGAGCGCAAAGCGCUUGCCAAGUUUGAAAAAGACAAGAAACCUCAGCCAUCGCAGAAAGCCAAAGCCAAGCAGAUCAAGGCCUUGGUUCGUGGCAAAAGAGGAAAGGCAAAGAAGCUUGCAGAGAAGUAUGCGGAUCAAGACGAAGAAGAUCGAGAGAUUGCCAUGCGGCUACUUGGGUCUCGCAAAGCUGAGGAAAAACGUGAAGCAGAAGCAGCGGCAAAGGCUGCGAAGACCGAGACAGCAGAGGAGACUCGCGCCCGUCGGAGGGCACAACAUGAAAAGGCUCAGCGCGAAGGUCUGGAGGCCGAAGAGAUGCGGCGGUUGAACCUCGAAGACGGCGCAGACGAUGCGGAUGACGAAGCAGCUCUCACGCAACUCGAUACGCUUAUCGGGCAGCCUCUUGCUGGCGAUGAGAUUCUAGAAGCAAUACCUAUCUGUGCUCCAUGGGCGGCUCUUGGCAGGUUCAAGUACAAGGCUAAAAUGCAACCUGGACAGCAGAAGAAGGGCAAAGCGGUCAGAGAAAUCCUUGGGAAAUGGGCGCGGGAUGCGAGUGACAACAAGAAGCUGGAUGCACAGAGCCGGGACACCGAGAGAAUAUGGCCCAGGGAAGCCGAACUCAUCAAGGCGUGGCGUGAGCCGGAAGUGAUUGGUGUUGUUCCUGUCAAGAGCGUGAGGGUCAUGCUUAGCGGAGCUAAUGCCGACACGAAAGGACGAGGUGGGAAGCCUGGUAGGGCUGGACGAGGAAGUAAAAGAAGAUGA